AUGGUGCCGCCGACAACGUCGCCUGCAGCGAUAGACGGUGGUCAAGAAGAUGAAAGUGUUGAUGCACGCCUGGAUACGUCAGGCGGCUCAGAUCCUGAUUCAGGGCGUGAUCCCGACGCCUGUAAAAUCCACAAGGCCGUGGCCAUCUGGCAGUUCCGGACUGCCGGAACUCGCUCAGUAUAG